GCGCAGCGUUUUGUUCGAAGCGCAGGCAAAAUAAAAUUUGAAAAUCUUUCUAUUCUCAACCGCGCUCACCAGAACAAAAAAUUUUUUAUUUAACGAUUUUUUCGAACUUUACUUCACCAUCCACUUUCAAAAAUUUGAAACUCUCUCAAAUCUCAACCGGACUCACCUUCAACAAUUAUUGCGAUGGAUCUAAGCAUCAAUUGCCUCACAUUCUUCCUACACGAUCUCGGGGCCAAUUGGGCACCAAUGGCGACGUGAAUUUGCAAAUUUUAUGACCGUUUUUGGUUUAUUCUUUUUGCCAUGACUGUAACUGGAGUUCACUGAAGCUUAUAAACAGACCGGGCCGUGUUGUUUUUCACCUAACUCACGUUACAUAGCUGUUGCCGUCGAUUAUCGUCUUGUUAUCCGGGGCACUCACUCUUUUAAGGUUGUGCAGUUGUUUUCAUGCUUGGGUAAGAUAAGCUACAUCGAAUGGGCACUUGAUUCUGAGUACAUUCUUUGUGGUCUUUUUAAAAGACCAAUGAUACAGGCAUGGCCACUGACCAAACCUGAGUGGACAUGCAAAAUAAAUGAAGGGUCUACUGGCAUUGAUUACGGUCGAUGGAGUCCAGAUAGCUGUCACAUUCUUACUACAUCCGAUUUUCAGCUGCAAUUAACAGUUUGGUCACUACUGAACACAGCAUGCGUUCAUGUGCAAUGGCCUAAGCAUGCUUUGAAGGGGGUCUCUUUCACUGAAGAUGGGAAAUUUGCUGCCAUUUGUACCAGACGUGAUUGCAAGGACUACACAAAUCUGCUUUCAUGCAGUUCUUGUGAGAUAAUGGGUGUUUUUGCUGAUGAUACAUUGGAUUUGGCUGAUAUUAAAUGGGCACCAGAUGAUAACUCCAUAGUGAUUUGGGAUUCACAUUUGGAAUAUAAGGUUCUUAUUUACUCACCGGAUGGAAGGUGUCUAUUCAAGUAUCAAGCAUAUGAAAGUGGACUUGGAGUAAAAAGUGUUUCAUGGUCUCCAUGCCGCCAGUUUCUGGCUGUGGGUGGUUUUGACCAAAUGUUGCGGGUAUUGGAUCACUUGACAUGGAAAACAUUUGUUGAAUUUAUUCACCUAUCAACUGUCCGUGCUCCUUGCUUUGCUGCUGUUUUCAAGCAGGUAGAUGAACCGUUGCAACUUGAUAUGUCCGAAUUAUGUUUGAGCGAUGAUUUUAUGCAAGGUGGUUCUGUGCCCUUUUUCCCCCAAGAAGACGCUCCAGAUGGACACUUCAGAGUUAGGUAUGAAGUUAUGGAAGUACCAAUUACUUUGCCUUUUCAGAAGCCUCCUGCAGACAAACCAAACCCUAAGCAAGGAAUCGGCCUUAUGUCAUGGAGCAGCGAUAGUCAAUAUAUUUGCACUCGUAAUGAUAGCAUGCCAACUGCUCUUUGGAUAUGGGACAUUCAUCGUCUUGAACUUGCUAUCGUCUUGAUGCAGAAGGACCCCAUCCGAGCAGCAGCAUGGGACCCAACAUGCACACGUCUUGUUCUUUCCACUGGAAGCUCUCACUUGUAUUUGUGGAUCCCUUCUAGUGCCUACUGAGUAAUCCGCUACCACAGUUUAACAUAACUGAUCUGAAAUGAAAUCAAAAUGGAAGUUGUCUUCUCCUCAAAGACACAGUCAUUCUGCUGUGCUGCUGUAGAUGUGCUACCAGACUCGAGUGACUAUAGCUCAGAUGAUUAAAUCAAUGUUUUGUGUCACAACCUGGAUGACAUGUAACCAUUUGUAAGCAUGUAAGCAAUUCUGACUCCCUACCCCAUCGCCAUUACCUCUUUGUGGUCCAUAUUAUAGCUGUCUCUCUCGUGUUUUAACAAUACCUCGUCUAGGGACACUAUUUUCUCUCUUUA